CCCGCCUCGCAGCCGCCGCGCCGGAGCCGCCGCGGCCGGACCCGAUGCCGGGAGCUGGGCGCUGAGGGCGGCCCCGACAUGGGGGUUCUCAGCAUCACGGACCAGCCUCCUCUGGUCCAAGCCAUCUUCAACCGGGAUGUGGAGGAGGUUCGGUCGCUGCUGAAUCAGAAGGAGAACAUCAAUGUACUGGACCAAGAACGCCGAACGCCGCUCCAUGCUGCUGCCUACAUAGGAGAUGUUGCAAUCCUCGAGCUCCUAAUCCUGUCAGGUGCUAAUGUGAACGCGAAGGACACGGUUUGGCUCACCCCGUUACACCGCGCCGCGGCCUCUCGGCACGAGAAGGCACUUCACCUCCUCCUGAAGCACUCUGCGGACGUCAAUGCCCGCGACAAGCACUGGCAGACGCCGCUGCACGUGGCCGCGGCCAACCGGGCCACCAAGUGCGUGGAGGCCCUGGUGCCCCUGCUCAGCACCGUCAACGUGGCCGACCGCACGGGCCGCACGGCGCUGCACCACGCCGUGCACAGCGGCCACCUCGAGAUGGUGAACCUGCUGCUGAACAAAGGGGCCAGCCCGAGCACUUGCGACAAGAAGGACCGGCAGCCCAUCCACUGGGCAGCUUUUCUAGGGCAUUUGGAAGUUCUGAAGCUGCUCGUGGCCCGGGGAGCUGACGUGAUGUGUAAGGACAAGAAGGGCUACACCCUCCUGCACACGGCGGCGGCCAGCGGCCAGAUCGAGGUCGUGCGUCACCUCCUGAGGCUGGGGGUCGAGAUCGAUGAACCAAAUUCCUUCGGUAACACUGCACUUCACAUCGCCUGUUACAUGGGCCAAGAUGCCGUGGCCAACGAGCUGGUCAACGUCGGUGCCAACGUCAAUCAGCCCAACGAGAAGGGCUUCACCCCCCUGCACUUCGCUGCCGUCUCCACCAACGGGGCCCUGUGCCUGGAGAUCCUCGUCAACAAUGGGGCCGACGUCAACUUUCAGAGCAAGGAAGGGAAGAGCCCAUUGCACAUGGCUGCGAUCCACGGACGGUUCACGCGGUCGCAGAUCCUCAUCCAGAACGGCAGUGAGAUUGACUGUGCUGACAAAUACGGCAAUACCCCCCUCCACGUUGCUGCUAGAUACGGCCACGAGCUGCUAAUUAGUACUUUGAUGACGAAUGGUGCUGACACUGCAAGGCGUGGGAUCCACGACAUGUUCCCUCUGCACUUAGCUGUUCUCUUCGGAUUUUCAGACUGUUGUCGUAAGCUACUUUCCUCAGGUCAGUUGUACAGCAUCGUGUCCUCGCUGAGCAACGAGCACGUGCUGUCCGCAGGCUUCGACAUCAACACGCCUGACAACCUCGGGAGGACUUGUCUCCACGCUGCUGCUUCUGGGGGGAACGUUGAAUGUCUUAAUUUGCUGUUGAGCAGCGGUGCUGACUUGAGGAGGAGAGAUAAAUUCGGGAGGACUCCACUGCACUACGCAGCUGCCAAUGGCAGCUACCAGUGUACGGUGACACUGGUGACGGCGGGAGCCAGUAUUAACGAGGCCGACUGUAAAGGCUGCACCGCCUUACACUACGCUGCUGCCUCGGACACGUACAGGAGAGCAGAGACUCAUUCAGGAAACAGCCAUGACACUGAUGAGGAGCCACUGAAGGAGUCCAGGCUGAAGGAGGCAUUCUUUUGUUUGGAGUUCCUGCUGGAUAACGGUGCCGACCCCUCCCUGCGGGACAAGCAGGGAUACACCGCUGUCCACUAUGCGGCUGCGUACGGCAACAGGCAGAACCUCGAGCUGCUCCUGGAAAUGUCUUUUAACUGCCUGGAGGAUGUGGAAAGCACCAUUCCAGUCAGCCCUUUGCACUUAGCUGCCUAUAAUGGUCACUGUGAAGCCCUAAAGACACUUGCUGAGACCCUGGUGAACCUGGACGUGCGGGACCACAAGGGCCGGACAGCGCUGUACCUCGCCACGGAGCGGGGGUCCACGGACUGCGUGGAGGUGCUCACCAGCCACGGCGCGUCCGCGCUGGUCAAGGAGAGGAAGAGGAAGUGGACCCCUCUCCACGCUGCAGCUGCCAACGGGAACACGGAUUCCCUGCACCUCCUGAUAGACAGCGGGGAGCGGGCGGACAUCACCGACGUCAUGGACGUGCACGGCCAAACCCCACUGAUGCUGGCGAUCAUGAACGGCCACGUUGACUGUGUCCAUCUGCUGCUGGAGAAGGGAUCCACGGCUGACGCAGCCGACAAGAGGGGAAGGACUGCCCUGCACCGAGGGGCUGUGACAGGCUGUGAGGAUUGCCUGGCUGCUCUGCUGGACCACGAUGCCUUCGUCCUGUGUCGGGAUUUCAAGGGCCGGACCCCGAUCCACUUUGCCUCAGCGUGCGGGCACCUGGAAAUCCUGCGGACCCUGCUGCAGGCAGCCCUCUCCACUGACCCCCUGGACUCUGUGGUGGACUACAGCGGCUACUCACCGAUGCACUGGGCUUCUUACAGUGGGCACGAAGAUUGUCUUGAAUUGUUACUUGAACACAACCCGUUUGCGUACCUAGAAGGAAACCCCUUUACUCCAUUGCACUGUGCAGUAAUUAACAACCAGGAUGGCACUGCUGAAAUGCUGGUGGAAGCAUUAGGUGCCAAGAUUGUUAAUAGCAGAGAUGCCAAAGGAAGGACACCCCUUCACGCUGCUGCCUUUGCAGACAACAUCCAUGGUUUACAGCUGCUGCUGCGGCACCAGGCCGAGGUGGACACGGCGGACAAGCUGGGCAGGACUCCCCUCAUGGUGGCUUCUGAGAACGGGCACACGGCAGCAGUGGAGUUCCUGCUGUACCAAGCAAAAGCAAAUAUAACUGUGCUGGAUGUCAACAAGAACACAGCUCUUCACCUGGCCUGCAGCAAGGGCCAUGAAAAGUGUGCCUUGUUGAUCCUGGGGGAAACCCAAGACCUUGGCCUUAUCAAUGCAAGUAACAGUGCUCUGCAGAUGCCGCUCCACAUUGCGGCGCGGAACGGACUGGCCUCCGUCGUGCAGGCCCUGCUCAGCCGCGGGGCCACCGUGCUGGCUGUGGAUGAAGAAGGUCAUACCCCAGCCUUGGCAUGCGCUCCCAACAAGGACGUUGCCGACUGCCUGGCACUUAUCCUCUCCACCAUGAAGCCUUUCCCACCUAAGGACGCCAUCAGCUCUUUCAGCUUCAACCUCCUCAAGAACUGCGGCAUCGCGGCCAAGACGGCGGCGUGCGGGGCCCUCCCCAACGGCAGCUCCUGCCCCUACACCAAGGACCGGCACAACGCCAUCGGCCUGGACGGCUGUUACUCGGAGUAGCUUAAACUAUGGGUGACCUAAUAUCUUAUUAUAUUUAUUUAGAAAUUCUAUAAAUAUAGGGCACUUUAAAGAAGAACAAGACUGGGCAGGCCAAGCACGGCCCCGGUGGGCCAAGAGUUCGGCGCUUUCCCCCUCUCGCCGGGUGCCGGUGCAGUGCCAAAGCUGUUCCUGGCAGUGCCCUUCCCGUCCCCUGCCCCUUCCCAAUCCUCUCUGUCCCCUCGGUGGCCGGGCAGGAGGCGGAAGAGGCAGGAUUUGGGCUGGGACAAGGCAGGUGCCACCAUCCACCGCUGGUUCCCCCCCAGCCUGCGGGGUGGGGUGAAGCCGUUCCCGGUGUUUCCCGGUGCCCUGUGCCAGCCUCCCACCCUGCUGGGAUGCCCCUGGGGCUGCCAUCCGGCUGGGAUGGGGAAGCCUGAACUCUUGGUGGGAUGGGGGGGUGGGAAUUUGGGAAUGGCUGGCCAGGGUGGGGUCAGCUCCUGGCCAAGUGCCGCUGUCACUGCUCUUUCCUCCUCUCAUCCUUCGAGUCCAAACACUUGAACCAAGAUCUACUGUACCUGGGACACUAAAAUAUCCUUUUGGCAGCUCAUUUCUAGGGAAAAACGGGUGCUGCUGCCCGAGCCCGGCCACAGAUGUGCCACUGGAGCCUCCUCCCCACACCAGGCACUUUAGGGAUUCUGUUGGUUGUUGGUUUUGAUUUUUUCCUUGGCAAAUUGUCAGAUCCUAAAACGAUUCUGCUUUGAGUUUCCCUUCCCUGGUUUGUGUGGCUGUUUCCAUGCGAGAGUCAGUGUUGGUUGGUUGUUUUUUUAAAAAGAGAUGAAAAUUAUUUAUAGAGAAACAAACAUUUACCUUUAAAAAACAACAAAAACCAUAAAAAAAAAAAAUCAAUGUUUUAGCCUUUACUAAGGAAACAAAUGCACUUCUGAGUCCUUAUUCACAACCCUGAGUAAGUCUGUGUUGCUUUUUCGGAUGCAGCAUCCUGGCAGGUUUCGUGGCACGUGUGGAUGUGGGUGGGACCGUUGUUUUUUGGUUUGGGUUUUCCUUUUUUUCCUUUUCUUUUUUUUAAUUUUAGAAAUCCUGUUUAUGCUGCAGGUUUGAAGCAUUCGAGAAUGUUGCACUGUUGGUUUUUUUUCCGUUGAUUUUUUUUUUUUGUCGUUGUUUUUCCUUGGGAAUUACUGUAACAGUAUCAGAAAACAAUGUUUUCCUCCAUAUCAUGAGUCUGUUCAAAGCCAAAGACGGGGAUGCAGAGACCGGGAACGGGCUGGAAUUUCAGGAACCACCGUCCCCCCCGAGCUCCUCUCCCACUGCAGCCAGGCCCCCAUGAGGAGCACGAGGCUGGGGCCGCCCGGGGGGUGUCCCAGUGUAAUCCCCCCGGGAUGGGAGCAGGGAUAAGAGCAUCCCUGUCUCCCACGGAGCCCGUGAUGGGACUGAGCGAGCCCUGAGUGUCAGAGAGAAAAGGGCAUUUCUGUAACCAAAAUUACGUCUUUUUUUGUCUUUUUUUUUUUUAAUAAUUUCUAAAUGAAGGUGGCUCCUGUCAGGGAGGAGUGUCAGGUGGAGGUUGUGGAGCAGGCGCCGGAGCCGACCAUUCCCGGGAGAGCUCCCGGGGGACACUCCCGGUCCCCACGGGCAGGAUCCCCUCGCACUGUUUCUUUCUUUUUACCAAAGCCAAACUCUUAGAACCAAAUAUGAAGUUUCAGUCUUGGCCUUUGGGUGAUAAGCACAUUUUCUUGGCGUUUCCUGGAGGAGUUUGUCCCAGAGUGGGGAGCGGGGCCGGGGCCCUCCCGGUGCUCCUGCUCCCCAUCCCGCACUUCGCUCAGCAAAGCACUCAACAAAUUUGCCCUUGGUGAGAUCUUGGAGCCAGGGCCAGGCACUUCUGAGGGGCAGAGCUCUGCCUGCUCCAGGGGGAUCUUCCCUUUGGAUCCCCUCCUUUUAGGACAGUAUCCCCAGCGUGUCCCCUCCUCACUCCCCUUGAGCUUGAAAGGAAGCGUUGACCUUUCUGCACCGGAUACCUCAGUUUGGAACCAGAAUGAACUCGUGAAACUUGAAUCAAAAGGUCCUUUUGGAAGAUCCUUUUCAGUAUUCUACGGAGGAGAACUGGAAACAGAGACUUGUUUACAUUGCUGGCGAAUCCGCACUCGCCUCUUGCAGCUCUUUCCCUUUCUGGGAGGAAUUUAAGCAUCACUUUAUCUCCUGGCUGCUUCCCUCCCCCUUCCCGCGGGGCAGGAAAGUGGGGCCAAAGUCCUGAGCCGUUGCCUUCAAGGGCUAAAGUGCUUUUCCAGGCACAUGGAGGGGCCGAGGCGCUCCCGGCACGGGCAGCGAUUCCCGGGGUCAGAGAUGGGUUGGAGCAGGGCUGUGGUGCUCCAUCUCCGUGGAAUCCAUCCCUGCCCCGUGAGAGCUGGGGCCGUGCCCCUCGUGCCGCGGCCCUCGGUGUGGCCUCAUGGCUGUCGGGAGACGGGAUCCGGCACCAUUUCACUUGAACGUGGCUUUUCCCACCGUUCCGUAGAGCACAUGGAAAAUGCUGCUUUUCCUUCACUCCCCACCCCCCCUCCCUGUUUUUUGGAGUGUUAUUGUGGUUUUCAGUUCCUUUGCUUAGAGGAGAAAGCUGAUCCCUCUCUUGGCCUUGUUUCUGUGCUCCAGCGUGUCCCCUCCGCUCAACGACGCCGAGACAAUCAAUGUGAUCUCCGUAAGGGCUUCUCCAUCCUUUGCCACGCCACGCUUUGUGUCCUCCCCUCUUAGCCAGGAGCUUUUUCUCCCCUCCCCCUGUGUCUUCUUAAAGAUAGUAAUAAUGAUAAUAAUAAUAAUAAUAAUAAUAAUGAGAAUGGAGGGAAACGAGGUUCCAGCGGCGCAUCCGUGGUCUGGGAGCAGAGGGGAGGGAAUGGGGUGGGAAGGGGACGUGUGGCCUUGGGGGUCCCAGUCUUGUUCUCCUUUAACGCUGUAUCGUAUCGUUGACAGCACAGCUUGACAAUUUAAGUAAUAAUCAAAGUGUUUGGUAAUAAUGCAUUAUUUUGCUAAACGAGAUUUGUGAUGGUUUCCCUGGUGCAUUGUAAAGAGGGAUGGAGGGAAACUUCCGCUGCCCUGCCCGCUCCCCCCUUCCCAGCCCCUCGGGGGCUCCCAAAUCUUCUUCCCUCGGACCUUUAAGCCAAAGUUGGACCAUUCCCGCUCAGUUCUGCCCCGCCACGCAGCGAAUUUUUCGGCUUUUCCCACCUCAAUCUGAUCAAUCUCUUGGUUUGGAACACGCAGGCACCGGAUCUCCACCCCCUUCCCUGUCCCAGCCUCUGGAAAAAGGAAGUUUCUCUCCGCCCCCUUGGUCCAAAGCACUUGCUUCAAGUAAUAAGCACUUUUGUUAAAGCAUGAGUCUGGAUUCCCUUUAGCAUCCCACGGGAUAGAGAGCAGCGCGAGGGAUACGAGAGUGUCUUUGGCUUUAUUUUUUCAGUUGGAAUUUUAGAAAAAAAAGUUCGUUUCUAGGGAAUGAAUGGACAAAGGGAAGUUGUGUUUUGAGAGAGAGAAAAAAAAAACUAAAAAAAAAACCUAAAAAAACAAACAAACAGACAAAAAAAAAAAACCCAACAGCACAAGUACAUUUCAAGUCCCCGGGUGUUUUUGCACUGCCAUUGCCCGAGCGAGGGGCUCCGGCCCCCUGAGCCAUAGACCCUCUGACAAACACUGAAUGUACCGGGCUCGGCCGCGUUCCCGACGGAGCCACAGUCCCUGAGCGAGGAGGAGAGGCUGCCUGGUGUCUUUCUUGUCGCUGUUCCCCAGCUGCAGGCACUUGGAAGCUUAGUUCUUUGGGGAAAUGUGUCCCCUGUCCCGCUCCUGUCCCCUCUCCCAUCCCUGUCCCAUCCCUCUCAUGUCCCUUCCCUAUUCCUCUCCCAUCCUUCUCCCAUCUCUUUCCCACUCCUCUCAUCCUUCCUCCCAUUUCCGCUUCCACCCUUCUCCCAUACCUUUUUUGUCCCCUCUCCCAUCCUCUGUCUCCUCCCUUCCCCAUCCCUCUCCUGCUCCUCUCCCCUCCCUCUCCCAGAUGGAGCGAGGAUGCCCCUCCCCAAACCCAGAUGAGCAGCCCCCAGCCCCAUCCCGGGGCUGGAAUCCAGCAAAUUAAAAAGUAGCACUAAAAGCCAAGUAAAAAAAAAAAAAGAAUUUUUUUCUCAAGAAUCGUGGAAUAAGUUUUGGUUUUGUUUCUGUUUGGGGUGUUUGGAGCACCCGGAGCGUGGUGGGGCCUGUGCAGAUCCCAGUCCCCGGCACGGGGGGAGGAACAAGGAAAACCCAAAACAACAAACGCAGAGACCCAAGGAACAAAACCUUUUUCCUUGAUUUUAUCCUGAUGUUCCCGAGGAGCCCCCUGGCUCCCUGCCAGCAUCACCCCCGGCGGCCACAGGGACCACAGGGGGGACCCCGGGGUCCUCCGGUGGCAAUGCCGGGGCCGGAUCCGAGCAGCCCACGCUCACCUUUGCCUUCAGUGAGAAACCAAAGGAAAAACCAGCCCCUUCCAGCGGACCCGGGUGUGGACGCGCCCAUUCCUUGGUUCGGGCUUUUGUUUCUUUUUCUUUGCUUUUCACCCCCACCACCCCCCCCCCCGGCUCCUUUUCUUUUCUUUUCUUUGUUUUUUCUCCAAGGACACAAGGAGCUCUUCAAUCCUCUUCUCCUGGCUGGAAUUUUCUGGGCUCGGCAGUGAAAGGAGAUUAAACCCCACCCCCUCUCCCCCCCCAAAAAAAAAAGCCGAGACUCAACCGAAGCAUCGUGGGGAGCUCUGGUAACUGGUAACGUACACAGGAGGCAGGAGCUCCCCCAGGGGAGCAGUGGCUCUGGAGCUGCCCUGGAAUCCUUGGAAUCGCGGCGCGAGGCUGGAGGGGACGGAGCCGGAGCCCCCGCGGGGCGGUCGGGGAUGGGGGACGCGUCUCUUAAGGCAUCUGUAGCAACUCUGUGUCUUUAAUAUCCUCCGUGUCAAUGCUGCACCUCUGUAUUUUAUGCACAUAAAUGUUCCUUUGGUGGCGACAGGACAAACCUCAUCACCUGUCAGGUACAGCCGACUCCUCUGCGUCCCGGCCUCCAGCGGCGCCGGGGCCUCGUCCCUCUGCCCGUGCUGGGGGGGAGAAAGAGGGGGAAGAGAAAAAAAAAAAAAAAAAAAAGAAAAAAAAGAGGAAAAUAGCCUUACUCGACCCAGUCGUAUCGAUAUUGUUUGUCAACUUGAAAAUAAUAAAGGAAACGCAUGGAAA